AAUUUUUUGAUUUAUUUUUAAAUAGAUGAAUAAUUAGAAGUUUUGAAAUGAACUAACAAUUCUCUUCUUGAGGGGUGCAGAUGCAUAUCUUUGCUUUGAACAAACGCAAUAAAACGAUCAUGUUUGUGAGUUACACCCUGCGAUCCAGCCCUGUUCUAUAAUUUAUUACUUUAUUACCAGUAGGUACCCGGGUCGUAUCUAUCGGCCUUUCAAAUUUGCUGUCGUUGAUGGAGAUAUGAACACCGAUGAGUGCAAAAGUGAUAGCCGACUGACGCAUAGAAAAUCGGUUAAAAAUGACGAAUUGCAAUGUUGUAUGACACAAAAAAAUUAAACAUACAACUGCAGUUCAGGAUUUACCGUUAUCUUCUACGAUGAAGAGCCUUAAGCAGGUAUUACAUUAUGCGAGCUCUCGUACGAGUUCACAAUUCGAGAACUCGAAAAUGUUACUCGUGGCUGUGACUUUGUAAAACAAAUAUGAUUUGCUUUACAUUGUGCAAAGUGAUCGAAUUGCGCGCGCACUUCGCAGUCUGUCACUUGUCAGUGUCACUUAUGUCUGUAGUUGUGUCAAAACUGUUAAAACCGUUAAAACCGACAAUAAUAAUAAUAAUAAUUAAAUAAUACAUAAUGGAUUGUUAUAAUUUACUAAUGUUGGCUAAAGUUUCGGUACAGUUAACGCUUCUGUUACUGUUACGUAUUCAAAAACACAAGCAUUUGAAUGCAAAAAAGCCCCGUAAUAGUUAUGGACCAGAAAGUGGCUUCUAAGACGAAAUGAGGGGCUGGGCAUUUCAAGUUUGGUGUUCAACGAAUUGAGAUAUGAAGAUCCAUCAAGUUUUAAAAACUUUACAAGAAUGACAGCUGUCACGUUUUUUGAUCUUUUAGCUAAAGUGAGAAACCAGAUUCAAAAGUAAGAUACUACUUUUCGGGAAUGUAUUUCGCCAAAAAUAAGAUUAUUGGUAACGUUACGAUAUCUAGCAACAGGUGAGACUAUGCAAAGUCUCAGUUAUACGUUCAGAAUUUCUGAACCAUCUUUAAGCAUUUUAAUUCCUGAAACGUUAGAUGCUGUAUAUGGUGCAUUAAAGAAAAAAUAUCUAAAGACACUCAGCAGAAAAGAAGAGUGGAAGGCGAUAGGGGACAAAUUCUAUAAGUUGUGGAACUUUCCUAGUUGCUUGGGUGCUUUAGAUGGAAAGCACAUUGCCUUUCGUGCCAAAAGGAAAGAUGGUUCCUUUUAUUUUAAUUACAAAGGUUUUCACAGCAUAAUCCUGUUAGCUCUAGUUGACGCUGAGUAUAAUUUUAUAUAUGUGGACGUAGGCUGCAACGGACGAGUUAAUGACAGUGGGGUUUAUAAUAAUUCAGAGUUGAGUAAAGCAAUCGAUGAAAAUUUACUGGAUUUUCCAGAGGAUGCCAACUUGCCGAAAAGUGGUCUUAAAGUUCCAUAUGUAAUAGUUGGAGAUGAUGCGUUCAGGUUAUCAAGAAGGAUUAUGAAGCCUUUUGGACAAAGGUCGAAUGAUGCAGAAAAAAUUUUUAAUUAUAGAUUAAGCCGCAGUAGAAGAGUUGUCGAAAAUGCGUUUGGCAUUCUAGCAAACCGUUUCCAAAUAUUACAACGCGAUAUUAAUUUAAAGUUCAAAAAGUAACCUUAACCUGUUGUGCACUACACAAUUAUAUUAAAGAAAAAGAUGGCCAGAGAUACAUGGGCACAGUUGAUGUUGAAAAUACAGAUUCAGCUACUUUAACACCAGGAGCGUGGAGACAACAUGUGUGUGUAACAGAUUUACAAAGAAGCAAGGUUAAUAGGUCAUCGGUGGAACCUCUUGAAAUACGAAAAAAGUUUUUGGAGUAUUUUAAUGACAUAGGAGCAGUUCCCUGGCAGAGAGACGCAAUAAAAAAAUUUAAUUUUUAAAACAGUUUUAUUCAGAAAUUACAAACAUGUAUUUAAUUCUAGUUGCCUUAUUACAAUUGUAAUUCAAUAAA